UUCACUCUCACACCCUUUAGUGAUGGGUCCCAGCAGACAGGUACUUUCUGUGGCCUGUGGAACCUUCUGGAAAGCACCAAUGUUGAAGGAGUUAUUGAUGUUUUCCAAACCAUAAAAAAUCUUCGUAAACAGCGUCCAGGAAUGGUCUGCUCGUUUGAGCAUUACCAAUUCCUUUACAAUAUUAUUGCCAGUACAGUGCCGGCACAGAAUGGACAGGUCAAAAAAGCCAGACAACAAGAGGACAAAGUAGAGAUUCAGAAGGAAUUACAGAAAAAUGUCCCAGAGUCCAAAGAGUCAGAAGCUGCCCCUGAAGAUCAAUCCAAAUCAAGCGAGGAUGAAGCUACCGCUAAUGGCCCGUCCGCUGCACCAUUCACAGAAGUGUCUUUGAGAAUAGAUGAGUGACAGGAGCAGUCAGGACAAAAGUGGACUUAUAAGGAUUUGCAAACAGAAGGACUUUGCAAAGAGCAGUAUAGAUACAGGACAGUUGUAUAACGCAGAGAUAUGUGUGUGAUACACAAAUGUGCUCAUCUAGUUCAAGGUGUGAUUCCAACAUCCAACAAACAGAGCAUUUAAAGCAGGAAUACUCUGCACCGCGUGGGCGUACUGUGCCCAUUUGAUGUAAUGUGCAGUGUCACGUGUGACCUUGCAAACAAUUAUAUUGCUGCUUUAAGAUACACAAAUAUAUUUAGUCAUCUCUGUAGCAUAUUCCUCUGCUCUCUGUAAAUAUCCACAUUCUGGGGCAUAUCCAGUAUAGAUUUAUUUGCAGGCUAUAAUUUCAGUUAAUGACCUCAUCAGAAAUGUUAAGGGCCGCCCACUAGGAGCUGAGCUGUACAAUCAUAUGAUUAAUUAGAAUCUUCUAGUGAGAAUAUUAACAGGGUACCAGCGUCUGGCAAACAAAUAUAAUCUCACUGACCCAAAACCUUUUGCACUGAUAAGUGAAAAAAUGUAUUAAUGGGAAUCUUGCUGUUAAGAAGAUCAAAUGAUUUGCCUCCCCUUUAAUAUGACACUUUACAUGUCAAUGUAAUUAUUAUGUUAGCCCUGCAUGGGACAGUCACUUAAAGGGACAUUAAACUAAUAACACAUAGUAGCAUGAAAAAGCACUGUUUUGCAAAUGAAAUUAUUUAAAAAUAAUAGCACAAUUUACAGUUUUGCAAACCAAGAGCAGUUUAGGGAUAUACGCCUUAAAAAGCCUGAUAAAACCCAUGUUUCUGGUUUCUUUUGCUGUGGCCAGUUAAAGGCUCCAAUCUAAAUAAUCCCUGGGUAGCAUGUUGCUUUGUCAUUUCAAGUAUGAUGGAGGCACUGCAGACUCUUCGGAGGGAGUGGAACAAGCACACGUUUCAGAGGUAUUUUACAGCAAAAAUAGACAAAAUAAGUAAGGAAUGUAAAUUUCAAUGUUGUUUUAUUUUCCCCAAAUUAAACAUUUUAACUGUUGAAGGUUUAUGUCCCUUUAAGGCAUGUCACUCUGCGUCUAAUAGGAUAAAAUGACCCAAAAACUACUGCUAAAGUUUCUGGAAGAACUUGUUUAAAUAAUGGCCAAAAUUAUUUAAUAAUGGAAAAUAAAAAUAUGAUUUCCUUUUA